AGACAGUACCCUUACGUUAGCCCCGCCUACAUAGGAAGUAGCUAUGCACCUUGCUAUCUGUAGGUCUAUGCUUGCUACACGGGAGCGGUGUCCUGGAGUGGGAAGACGGAACACAAUAUGGCAGACAAAUCACAGCUGGCGGUCAUGUUAACAUGCUCGGUGUGCCAAGACAUAUUCAAGGACCCUCGCCAGUUGCCCUGUGGGCACAGCUUUUGCAUGGCGUGUCUGGAAAGUUUGAUUGACUUUACAUCAGAUGUGCCUUUCCGAUGUCCAGACUGCAGGACCUACUUUGGGUCCGUCAUAGGUGUUCAGAAGAGCUAUGCACUAGCUUGCAUUUCAGAGGACCACAGAGAGAAUAAUAAGGCCAAGCAGAAGGAGAGUGUAUUCUGUGACUGUUGCCCCGAGAAGAUGGAGCCAGCAAUAAAGUCAUGUCUGAAGUGUGAGGUCUCGCUAUGUAAGGAGCAUCUCCAGCCUCACCUGGAGUGCCAGGCUUUCCUGGGCCACACUUUGGUCCCUCCUCUGGGGAACCUGAGUAGCAGAAGGUGUCUGGAUCACAAAGGCCAGGUUCUCAAGUACUACUGCUCUGUGUCCAAGACCUAUGUCUGCAACAUCUGUGCCUUAGAAAGGAACCAGAGGAACCUGGCUGAGGAAAGCUCCACUGUUCUGGAGAGAACACUUACGGACCUUAUGAACCAACAAUAUAACAGUGUGAAGCAAACAGUGGAGAACUGCAAGGAAUCUGUUAUAAAGAUUAAAGAAGAAAUCCGACAAGAGCUAACAACCCACUCUAAAGACUUGUGGAUCAACCUUGUCACUGUGUUGUUGCUGGGUCUCUGGUUCAUCUCUGUAUACUAUGCACACAGCUUAUCUGUGGACAAUCAGAUCCUCCAAGACAAAUUGGAAAAGCAGCAGUCUCAGUUACAUGACAUGUACAACAUGUUUGCAGAACAAAUGACCACAGAGAAGUCUUUGAACAGUCCAUCACACGGCCAAAGGAACGGUGACAACGUAGGCGACUUACAUGUUGUAAGUCUGAACGUUGACUCGGCCAGUGCUUAUCUCAAAGUGUCACCGGACCUCCUGUCAGUAAAGAGAGUGCAGACCAAACUGCCCCAUCCCAGCCACCCGGCUCGCUUUGAAGAAGUCCCCCAGGUGCUCUCCAGCCAGUGUGUUUCCUCAGGGAGGCACGUGUGGGAGGUUGAGGUGGAGGGCUACUGGGACAUCGCCGUGUCCUACGCUAGCAUCCAGCGCAAGGGGAGAGGGAAAGAUGGCGCAGCCUUUGGCGUUAACGCAAAGUCCUGGAGCCUUAUGCGAAACGACAUUGGCCAGCUGUUUGCUUACCACAACAACAGUAAAAAGAUCCUCAACAAAACGUUGAACCACAAGAAAGUGGCAGUUGUGGUGGACUUUGGGAAGGACAUCAUCUCUUUCUUGGAAGUGGGUGCCACAAACAACCAGCUGCAUGAGUUCAAAGCUCAGCUGACUGAGCCUGUGUGUCUGGGUAUCGGCCUAUACCGUGUAGACCCUCACAGCAGAGUCUCCAUCAUUACUGCUGAAGACUAAACAGAGCAGUCCACUCUGCCUAUCGGUUUAGGUGUAUUUAAACAAGGCAGACAUACAGAACUAUUUCCUGUCUGUUAGAUGGAAGAUGGGUUUUGAUUUCAGUGUGUAAUGCAUCCAUAUUGUGUUUCUCAGGGACAAUACACGGGUCUUUUACUGUU